AUGGCAAGCCCGGAUUCCCUCGCUCAGUUCAGCUGGGCGACAGCAGUGUCGAGGAUACUCGGCUCCAAGGGAGGCGACGGCGGCUGCUACUGCGUCUACAGGUGCGCAUUUCUCUGGUCUUUGCUGCGACACACACCGCAGGCUGACGGCCAAAACCACUCGGCAGGCAACGCAGCGGGUGGCGGCGGGGCGCUCCGCAAGGGCCUCUGGCUGGCCGUCCUGGGCCUCGGCUUCAGCACCCUCGGGGCGGCGGCGGCGUGGAAGACGCUGACGGCCCGCGGCCUGGGCUUCUACUCGGACGAGGAGAGCCUCGGCAGGUUCUCGGCCGCCGACGCCGACGAGGAAGCGCGCCGCGCCGAAGAGACAAUCAACGGCCACCCGCUGGUGGCGGAGCUGCGCCGGCGGCCCGAGCUGACCGAGUCCCGCCCACACAUGAAGAUGCCGGCGCAGUACCGUGCGCACAGCCUGACGGGGGCCGCGCUCCUGGGCCCUGGCAAGGUGCCGGUGCCGGCGACGACGUGGACCGAGGCCGGCGGCAAGUCGCUCGUGUCCGUCGUCUACGUGGGUGAGGACCUGUGCGGCCACCCGCCUUGUGCAUGGCGGCUUCUCGCCACCAUGCUCGACGAGGGCCUGGCCUGGUGCUGCUUCGGCGCACUGCCGCACAAUAUUGGCGUCACGGCCAACCUCAACGUCAGCUACCGCAAGCCGACGCCCGCGGGGAGCUUCCUCGUGCUGCGGGCCAAGACGACAAAGGUCGAGGGGCGCAAAGCCUGGGUCAAGGGCCACAUUGAGCUUCUGGCCAAACCGGGCGAGCAGCCGACCGUCCUGGUCGAGGCCGAUGCUUUAUAUGUCUCGCCCAAGCUUGCCUCUGUGAGUUUCGCGACCUACCCCGUCGAGGGACUGCGACGACUUGCCUGGCUGACUCGUCCUGCCUCGAUACUGUAG